AUAUUACAUGUAGAAGCCCCGAUCGGGGCGGCGACCAGGAAACCCGAUUGACCAGGAGAAGGAAGAGACGAAGCUGUAUCGUCGCUUCGAUAUUCCUUGGCAGUUGCGCGCGAACCAUCGAGCGGAGUGGAGUGUUCUCGCUGUCUGCCGAUGGUGAUCCUGUUCUCUGACCGGAAUUUGAUGGUACGACGUGUCAUGAAAAAAAAGCAGUCCCGGAUACGAUAGAUAUUUAUUGUGUUCACACAUGAUAUGACUCAGUCCCGCGAGGUACUGGCGAUGAUGGAUGCGCACACAACUACGUUCGGACGCAAGAAAGGUUGUACAAUUUCCCGGUGUGGUGUCUUCUUCUUGGGAGCAUUUUUUCUGAUUAGUCUGGUUGUCACCGGUUUGUUGGUGUAUCAUUUUGCGCCUUGUCUCACGGAAAAACAAGUCAACCAAUGUGACGACUUUUUUGACAAUUCACUUUUGCCGAGCGGAAAGGGUUUUUCAUCAACCCCUAUAAAGAAGAAAAUAGAUGUUAGAUUACCAAAGGCAGUUGUACCCGAUUCAUACCAAUUAUGGCUGAUACCCUUCAUAUGGGAGGGUAACUUCACCUUUCACGGCGAGGUCAAGAUUUUGGUGAAUGUGACGUUAGAUACGAACAAUGUCACACUUCAUGCAGCGGACAUGAAGAUUGAUGAAGGCUUUACAAAUAUCAGGGAAUACUCUGCCAAUAGCAACAAGACUAACAAGAUAAUCAGGAUCGUGGAGCAGAGAAACGACACCGACAGGCAAUUUCUCGUGAUUAAAACGUCGGACACGUUGAGCAGAGGCAAACAAUACAUGGUGCAGCUCAAGUUCAUUGGCUAUCUGAACGAUUAUCUGCAAGGUUUUUACAGAAGCUCGUACAUGGCCGACAAUCAGACAAGAUGGAUCGCCACGACUCAGUUCCAAGCAACGGAUGCGCGCCGUGCUUUUCCGUGCUUCGAUGAGCCGGCUUUGAAAGCCAAGUUCCAAAUCAACAUAGCACGUCCCAAAAACAUGACAUCUAUUUCGAAUAUGCCCAUGGAAGGAGCACCGAUGCCAGUGCCCGGUUUACACACGUAUGUAUGGGAUCAUUACGAGCGUUCAGUACCAAUGUCUACAUAUUUAGUCGCCUUCAUAGUUUCUGACUUUGAUGUACGGAGAUCGGAAGAUGGUAACUUUGGAGUUUGGGCGCGCCACGAUGCUAUUAAUCAAUCGCAAUAUAGCUUGAACAUUGGACCGAAAAUUCUCAAAUACUACGAAGAGUAUUUCCAGAUCAAGUUUCCUUUGCCAAAGAUGGAUAUGGUUGCAUUACCUGAUUUCUCCGCUGGUGCUAUGGAAAAUUGGGGAUUAAUAACUUAUAGAGAGACAGCAAUGUUAUACCAGGAAGGCAUAUCGACCAGUAGUAAUAAGCAGCGGGUAGCCACCGUGGUAUCUCAUGAGCUCGCGCAUCAGUGGUUUGGAAAUUUAGUGACACCAAGUUGGUGGACAGAUCUUUGGUUGAACGAAGGUUUCGCCAGUUAUGUUGAAUACAUCGGUAUAGAUGCGGUAGAACCGUCGUGGAAAGUCCUGGAGCAAUUUGUCGUCCAUGAGCUUCAAAAUGUGUUUGGUCUCGAUGCUUUGGAAUCUUCUCAUCCUAUAUCCAUCGAAGUUGGCCAUCCUGACGAAAUCAAUGAAAUUUUUGACAGAAUUUCUUACGGAAAAGGUGCUUCCAUAAUAAGAAUGAUGGAUCAUUUUCUUACCACAAAAGUCUUUAAACAAGGUUUAACUAAUUAUUUGAAUGAAAAAGCUUAUCAAAGUGCUGAGCAAAAUGAUUUGUGGCAUGCUUUGACUCAGCAAGCUUACAAAGACAAGGUACUUGAACCAAGCGUAACCGUUAAAGAGAUUAUGGAUACUUGGACCUUACAAACCGGUUUUCCUGUAAUCACUGUCACGCGAAACUACAACAACAAUAGUGCAACGUUGACGCAGGAACGCUUUCUGCUUCGUAAUGGCACCACAAAGGUUACUACAUCUUCGUUGGAACCAUUAUGGUGGGUACCCAUCACUUAUACGAGUGAGAAGCAAUUAAAUUUCAAGAACACUCAACCCAUGAAAUGGAUGAAAGCGGAACACUCGAUUAUUCUCAACGAUUUGGGUAUAAGCUCAUCUGAGUGGAUACUUUUUAAUGUGCAAGAAACUGGAUACUACAGAGUAAAUUAUGAUAGAACAAACUGGCAGAUGAUAAUCAAGCAAUUAAACAAACAAAAUUUCAAAGACAUCUCGACAAUUAAUCGAGCACAGUUGAUUGAUGAUGCUCUGAAUCUGGCUCGAGCUGGCAAUCUCGACUACAGCACUGCUCUUGAUGUUACCUCUUAUUUGGCUCACGAAACAGAAUAUUUACCUUGGAAAGCAGCUUUCAGUGCCAUUAACUACCUCAAUGACAUGCUCAUAAAAACGCAAGGUUACGAUAAAUUCAGGUUGUACGUGUUAAAACUAUUGGACAAUGUGUACAAACAAGUCGGUUUCAUUGACAAGAUGGGAGAUCCUCAACUGACUGUUUUCACUCGAAUUGAUGUUUUAAAUUGGGCGUGUAAUUUCGGCCAUGAAGAUUGCGUAGGAAACGCUGUUCAACAAUUCAACAAUUGGCGUCAUACUCCUAAUCCGGACGUCAACAAUCCGAUCUCACCGAAUUUGAAGGGUGUAGUUUAUUGCACAGCUAUUCGAAUGGGUGGACAAAUUGAAUGGGAUUUCGCUUGGCAACGAUAUCGAGCAACUAAUGUAGGAUCGGAGAAGGAUCUGCUUCUGCAAGCGUUGGGUUGCACGAGAGAGACAUGGCUCCUGAAUCGAUACUUAGAUUGGGCUAUUACAGAAAAUUCAGGAAUCAGAAAACAGGAUGUAUCCCGAGUUUUUGGAUCAGUCGCAAGUAACGUCAUUGGUCAACCGAUCGCGUUUAAUUACUUUAGAAACAAAUGGACGCGCCUCAGGGAAUAUUUUGGAACGUCAUUAUUAUCCAUCAAUAACAUCGUAAAAUCGUCAACUAGAGGAAUAAAUACAAGAUACGAAUUAAAAGAUCUUCUGGAAUUUGCAACUGAACAUAUAAAUGAACUCGGUACUGCAAGGCGAACCAUACAACAAACAGUGGAGCAAGCGGAAGCCAAUAUACGAUGGAUUGAUAACAAUCAUGCAAUAAUUCGCGAUUGGUUACAGAGGAACACCGCGUAGUAAUUGAUCUUGACAAAAAAUUAAACGGUCUUUCGUGUGAUAAUGAUAUCGCGCACGUCGAUUUUUUGUUGAAUUUUACUGUAGCAUCAAAGUGAUGUGACGAAAAUUCGUCCAUAUGGAAUAGAUUGUAGAGGAGAUAUAUGAAGUAAAAUUGCGAAACAUGGUUGGAUUGUAUGAGAAUAUUAUGUGUUUUUUGUAUGUAUUUGUAAAUAUACGGGAGAGGAAGAUCAGCAUUUGUAUGUAAAUGAUAUUUAUGAAGAUAGCGAGGAGUGAAAUGGCUUUUCCGCGUGGUGUGUUUUCUCGAUUAUAUCGUUAGACUAUAAAAUGUAUUCUAUGGGAAGAGUGUGAUAACACAUAAAUGGGAAAAGUGUGAUAACAUACGUUUCGUUAUAAUACAAUUAUCUUAUUCACAUGAUUAUUAUUAUAGAUAUCAAUUUACAAGUAAAGAAUUUCACUAUUCAAACGAGUAGCAGAAAAGAUAAACACAUAUACAUAUUUGGAAUAACAAUUAGUAAAUAUUAUAA